GUCAUCAGCGGGCGCCCGGUGUGGGGGCAAGUAAACACUUCCGCCCUGCAGCAAUGGAUUCCAACAAGGACGAAGCGGAGCGCUGCAUUAAAAUAGCCCUCAACGCCGUCAGCAGCAACCAACCAGACAAGGCCAGGAAGUUUCUAGAAAAAGCCCAGCGAUUGUUUCCGACGGACCAGGCCAAACAUUUACUUGAGAGGUUGUCACGAAACGGGAAGCCUCCGGACGAGGAUGGCGGAACCGCUAACGGAGACGGACCUUCCAUGAGACACCGUCAGCACGCCGGAGAGGCGGCAACGUCCGCGCAGGGCCGCGCAGAUUCAUCUAAACCUUACACCGCCGAACAGAUGGAGGCCGUCAAGAAGAUUAAGGGCUGUAAAGAUUACUACCAAAUCCUCGGCGUUGAAAAGACUGCAUCUGAUGAGGAUCUAAAAAAAGCCUACAGGAAGCUGGCGCUAAAGUUUCACCCUGACAAAAACCACGCGCCCGGAGCCACAGAGGCAUUUAAAGCUAUCGGUAACGCGUACGCAGUGCUGAGCAAUGUUGAGAAGCGGCGGCAGUACGACCAGUACGGGGAGGAGAAGACGCACCCGAGCAGACAAAGGCAGCACCGUGACUUUGAAGCAGAUAUUUCACCCGAGGACCUUUUUAACAUGUUCUUUGGUGGAGGCUUCCCAUCAAAUAAUGUACAUGUUUACCGAAAUGGAAGAAUGCAUUUUGCGCACCAUAAUAGGCAAGAAAGAAGAGAGCAACAGAGAGAUGGAGGUCUUGCUCUGUUUGUCCAGCUGAUGCCCAUCCUUUUUCUCAUUCUCGUGUCCGCUCUGAGCCAACUAAUGGUCACGCAGCCUCCCUACAGCCUUAGCUACCGCCCGUCAGCCGGGUACAUUCACAAAAGGCACACGUCCCACCUGAAGGUGCCUUUCUAUGUCAGCGACAGCUUCAAUGAAAAAUUCACCGGAAACAACCUGGAAAACGUGGAGAGGUCAGUUGAAGAAGACUACAUCUCCAACCUUAGAAACAACUGUUGGAAGGAGAAGCAGCAGAAGGAAGGCCUCAUGUAUCGCGCUCGUUAUUUCGGCGACUCUGAGCUGUACAAAAGGGCGCAAAAGAUGGGAACUCCCAGUUGCAACCGGUUAUCUGAGAUUCAGCUCAUACUGGACGGAUAGAGGACAAAAGCACGUAGAUGGGUUCUUUGAUACUUGAAUUCUUUUGGAGGACCUUGUUUGGAGCCCACCCACAAUUUGGAGUGUAUUGCACAGCAAUCCAAGAGAAGGAAACAGGCCUUCCACGUACUGUGGGCUGCAGACGUCAUCCACUCUGCAGCUUCUUGUCCGUGCAAACAAACAAACAAACAAGCGCUGGCUGACAUUUUCUUCCUUCUCCACGACGGCGAGGUUCUACCGUUCGAACGAAGCCGCGAAGAUUUCGCUUUUCUUUUGUUUGCAGAAACCUCCCGGCCUUCUCACACGUCUGAGCCACUCACCAGGAAAGUACGUUUGGUUUUUUUAGUUCUUUCUAGUGUAAAUAUUGAUUAUAGACUUUUUAACAGUGCAGAAUUUAUUGAAGGUGAUAUCGCGUAUUAUUAUAAUAUAAAGUUGUUUAGUAGCCCGUCGGAUCAAGAUUAAUGAAAAUGAUUGCACAUCUUAUUUAUUAAAUUAACAGCUUAAAAAGUUGUGUAACGGCUUUCUUUUCAAAUAAAUUGUGUUCGGAACAAUGA